AUGGAUGUAAAAGAAGUAGAAGAAUGUCGUAUUUGUAGAGAAGAUGAUAGCAAUGAAGUAUUAAUAAAGCCGUGUGUUUGCAGCGGAACCAUUGGUUUAGUCCAUUUGAGUUGUCUGUCCCAAUGGAUUGCUAUGAAUAGGGAAGAGCACUGUCGUGUCUGUCGCCAUCCAUUUGAUGUCAGAUGUGUCCGAAUCGGACAUAACUAUUGUCAAUAUUUGUUGGCCGAAGAGACACAUAGAGUGUCAUUUUGGUUGUCUCUCUUUUUGACAACAUUUGUCAUAUUUGCCACAAAUAUAAUGAUUGUAUUUCUUCAAAAUGGUCAUUACAGACAACACACUUAUCUAUACUGCAGUUUCAUAUCAUCCAUUUCACUGAUGAUUAUAUCACUGUUUGUGCUGUCGGUCGAGUCAUGGCUAUCGGUGCGCAAAGCUUUCAAAGAAUGGCAAAUCAGACAUUUCGAUGUUGUCUUAGUUAAAGAUUAA